CUGACAUCGACGUCAGAAUCAAAAUGACCCAAGGUUCCCAAGAUUUGUCACUCCACCAUCACCUCCAACAAGAGCGGCCUCACAAUCACUGCAUCGCAACUGCAUCGCAACAACCAAAGCCAUUGAAAAAUCACUCUCAAAGUUAACUCAGACAAACAAACAAAGACGUGAGUGUCCCUUGGCAACUCUCGCCGAAAUUGAACAGCAACGGCCCAUUUGACCGAACCACGUCAGCGUCAACCUGAUACCGCCCAGUCAUCACAAAGACUACAAUCCAUCAACCCGCCCAUUGAAUUGCGAAACAAAAGCGUAUUACAAAAUGUUGGAAUCAGCAGAAGAUGUUUGGAAACAAGUGAAUUUGGGCGUGUUGCGAGGAGAGAUGCAGUUUAUCGUGGAACCGCCCGUGAAGGAACCAACCUACAUUUACGAAAGCCGCCAAGAGUUGGCCACUUCCAACAAGAGUCAUGGGGGCCAAGAUUCUGCUGCUGCCAAUGCCAACAUCAAGAAUGACCGUAAGGAGCAGUUGGAUCAGGAACUGACACUGCAAAAAUCAGAAGAAGAAAAGUGGACCGAGCUCUCGCGCAAAUUGGAAAAGAAAACCAAGCAGGCGGCCGACCAUGUGGUUCGGUUGACGACGUCUUUGAAAGUCUUUCGCGAUGAAUUGGCCAAACGCUCGGACCGUGUCACAGAAGUUCAGGAGCAACUGGUCGACAAGCAAGAACGAGCCGAGGCUCAGAUGGAAAAGCUUCAAAAGGAUCAGAUCGCCCAAAAGGAACAUGCCGCACGAGCCACCGAAACGGCCGAACGGGCGGCACGAGGAUUGAAAGAAAUGACAAAGCAAAAGGACCGAAUCGAACAGCGCUUAAAGGCAGCGUACCGGAGCCUCAAGCCCUUGGAAGAAAAGGUACAAGAUCUGGAAGUGAAUCUCUACGGCAACAAUUCCUUGUCCGGCAAUCAGAGGGAGUACUUGAAAGCCGAAAUCCAAGUUGAACGGGGUCAUCGGGAUCGCGUUCGCACUCAAAUUGGGCAACUGGAAACAGAACUGGAAGAAUUGGUCAAGGAGUGUACCAGUCUAACGGCGAAGCAUGCACUCUUCCAAGACGAGCACAAACGUCGGACACUACGUGCGCAGAGCAUGGAGACCAAGAUCCAAGAACAGCAAGGCUUUUUCAAGGCUCAGCUUGAGAAAUUCCGGGAACAAGUCGAUGGCGUGCGCAAUGACCGGGAUGCUUGGGAAGUGAAGACCUUGAACAUGGCAGAGGCGUUGGACGCCAAACGCAUCGAGUCGCAAAAGCUCGACGUCAAGUUGAUGCUCUUCAAAGAACAGCUUACUACAGUGCAAGCUGCCGUCAAGCGUCUCGAUGCCAUGAAGCUGGCUAGCAUGGAAUCCAGCCAUCGCAGCGUCAAAUCGAAUCGCGACGAACCGGAUUCCGAGGAGGAUGACGACAGUGACAGCGACGACGAGGAAGAAGUUGUAGUCAAGGACCCACAAUUCGAACAGUACGUUUGGCAACCACCCAAUGCUGCCGUCACAUCUACUGCCACUACAGUUGCCAAGCCUGUCCCAAAGACUGUGAGCCCCGCUCCUGUUGUUGUCAAGACAACGCCCAAGACCAUUCCAGCCGUCAUCAAGCCAAUUACCCCCUUACCAAUCGUAUCGCCAAUCAAAAUGAGCAUGCCUGUUGUCCGGGUCAACCAUGUCGCCGUCAAGCUCGACAAGCCUGCGGUGAAACAGACCACCUACCAGCAAGUGUCAGUCGUCAAGCCAACUACAGCAUAUUCGCUUCCCAAUGAGCCGUCCCUCGCGGCCACGUUGGGAGAGCUACAACGCGACUUGCAGCAUCAAAAGAGAUUCCAGCAAGAACACGCCAUCAAGAUGGAGAAACAGUACGCGCAGUUGGCAUCCAAAGUGGAAGGCAUGAACACUGGCAAUGAUGAUGCGCCUGCGGCCAAAAACGUGUCCAACUACGACGAUAUGGAUUCGCAGCUCAGUGCCUUGAAACUGCAAAUCCAAAAGGAUGCCAUGAGGGAUGCUCAUGAUAUGCGACAGCUGUUGCAGCAGAUGAACCACCAGUGCGUCCAUUUGGCCACCAAGUUGGAUGGUCUCACGCAAGAAGUCAAGCAUCGUGAUGCACAGAAUGCCCAAUUGGAAGAAAAGUUGAAGGAUAAGGAGGCUCAGUAUUAUGAACAAAUGGAGUUUCUACGGGGAGAAAUGCAGCGCCAACUAGAGAGGCAGCAGCAAGUGUUUGCCGACAAGAUUAGUCAGGCCAUGAUCCAAAUGGAACGGGUAGUCACGGCACACGGGACCGUCAGUGGCAACAAUAAUAACAUGCAGGAUAGCAUGGCCAGUCUGGAGUCCUUGCCACCGAUCGCAGCCCAAAAUGAAAUGACAACGACAGCAUAUUCCAUGACGUCGGGGAUCAAGGUGUUUGGCGGCCCACUCUUUCAGAAAUAAGAAGCCAAGGUGGGAAACCAGGCAACAUGCGUGGUUAGGUUGACGGUGUAUGUCUACGUGAAUGUCCCACGGUGACGAUCGAACGGGGGAGUUAAACGAAUUUUCGAUAUCAAAGGCACAAGUUGCUUGUAAAAUCAAAUGAUAAAAAAUGCAUACAUG